CACACCACCAAGGCUAUAUAAUCACGCUUCCAGCUUCUAGUAGUGGAAGUGGACGUAAAACACCAGAAACGAACGAACGAAUUCUAGUAAAACGAAAUUCUGAACUAUAUAGAAAACGAAACAAAAUAGGAUCCGUGUUUUAAUCAGAUCGAUCUUAUCAGCAAGGUCUUUUUCACUUAUCUGAACGAGAUCUUCUAGGAGACAUAACUGUUCUUUUAGGCCUACUGUGCGUACUUUUCCAUGGGGGUAACAGAUGCAGGUAAUUACUGUGUUCAACUAGACAUUUAUUAUAGGUCACUAGGUGUGUGUUCCGCACAAUGCUAGGAAGCUAUCCAAAGGGGGCAUAUGCAUCGGCGAAGAAUGUUGAAGGAUGCCCAGAUGGUAAACUUCAGGCAAUAUGGGGACUUGGUAACCAAUUGUUUGCCUUUUCAGGAAGCACUCCAGACACACGAAGCAAAGGAAGACCAGCUGAAAACCGUGUCUCAAGUGAUAUCUGUGAUGUAAGAUGGAACACAGAAAUGCACACUUUUAUUACAAGAAAAUUGGUAAAUGAAACCCACAAUGUAUUUGUGAUGUUACAAGGUCAAGUAGCUAGUUCCACAGGCUCCAACUUACAAUCACAAAUGGUAAUGAGUAGUAAACAGUACAGAGCUAUACUAAAAGCUUGCAGCAUGGAGUUAAUGCACAUGGCGGAAACAUGUGAAGAUUCAGAUGAAAGAGAGUCAUGUGAAGACCAGUUACAGAUAUUUGAAAUGAUUCAGCUUAUUUGGGGAUUUUGCCAGAUCUUGUUUAUAGAAGUAACACCUGAUGGAUUAUUGUUGAACCAGUUAUUAGAUUGGAUUAAGUGGCAUUUUACAGAUGGUAAAAGAUUGGCUGUAGAUAUAUUACAUGAUGAAGUACCUGCUGAACAUCCUGCUUACUGGGAAGCUAUUUUUCGUUUGUUGUUACAAGGUGAGGUUGACAGCGUAAGAAAAUUACUGUCACUCAACAAUUCUAAUCAAAAUGAAGCAUUCCUCAGUGUUGAUGAACUUUUAAGAAAAAUGCCACAAUGGGCGCACUAUCAUCAUGCCCUGUCUGCAGCUGAAUUUGAUAUGAAAUGGCGUCACUGGAGAGAUGAAUGUCAAAGACGUUUAGAAGAAGGACACUAUGCAGCCUUUCCUAAUCUAGAAACUUUAGUAAUGGUAUUAUGUGGUGAUGAGAAUGUGUUUACAGAAAUGAAAGAUAUGUGUGGUAGUUGGUAUCAUUUAUUAGUAUCAAAGAUGUUAUAUCAAAAUCCUACUGUUAGAGCACCAGAUCUUCAUUACCAUGCUGAGGCUUGUAUGGAAGAAUUUAGUUUAAGUGGUACUAGAAUAGGUGAAUUAGAUAAUAUAUUAUUAGCAGCUAUACAGUUUGAUAUUCAUCAAGUUAUUAAAGACAGCAGUGCUUUUCUUAGUACAGGAAGUUGGUGGUUUGUGUCACACUUUACAGAUUUAUUACAUCAUUGUGGUCAACUAGAUACACAGAACUUGGCAUAUGGGUCCAAUCUACGAGAGUUCUUACUUUUAGAAUAUGCCUCAAGUCUUAUGUCUCAUAAAAGUUUAUGGCAAGUUGGAAUAGAUUAUUUAGAUUAUUGUUCAGUAUUUGGCAGAACGUACAUAACACAGUUUAUAAAUCAUAUGUCUCUAGACAAUGAAAAGAAAGCUCAUAAACUACUACAUAUAUGUGAAGAAAGGAAUAUGCAGGAAGAAGUUCAGACAAUCUGUAAAGUUAUGGGGAUGAAGAGUUUAAGAAGAGGUAAAUUAGGAGCAGCAUUAUCGUGGUUUUUACGAUCAAGGGAUGUGACAGCUACAAGUAAAUUAACAGAAAGAUUGAUAAUGGAGUACAGUAAAACGGGUCAAUUUGAAUAUACAGAUAUAUUAGACAAUCUCGGACCAGCCAUGUUUCUAAGCAACAGAUUAACAUUUUUAGUAAAAUACAGAGAAUUCCACAAAUUAUAUGAAAGUGGUGAAACAAAUAAAGCAGCAUCUUUAUUAUUAUCUUUAUUGGAAGCCAGAUUAGCUCCUAGAACUUUCUGGAUAACACUGUUUAAAGAUGCUACACCGCUUCUUGAAUCAGAAAAGGUUAUUUUUAAUAGUGGUCAGACAUAUGUUUUAAUGCAUUGUUUAGAAGAAUUGAGACAUGAAUUAGAUGCUAAAACAGAUAUAUCACAAAAAUUAACAGAUAUGGAAAAGGAUAAAUUGGAUUUGCUUCAACUAUGUUUAACAAGAAAUUUAUCAAAGGCUAUUAAAGCUGAAGGUACAGUUAAAACAUCUUGACAAUCCUGUUAUUGUGCUAUAAUUGAUUAUGUGAAAUAAGCUAUAUUUUGUUAUUGUGAAACUUGACUAUAAGAUCAUAUUGUGUGACCCAGAAACUGAAAGACAUUAUAAUUUGUGAAAACAAUGGAAUUUUAAACUGGAUUUCAUAUAACAUGAUACAAAGCAUUUCACUGCCAAAACAAUUCAUUGAAAGAAUCAAAUCCUUUGUUAGAAUCUACUGUUGUUGUAUUAUGUAUAUUGUAAUCAUGUUGUACAAUUGUAAAAUAUAAAAUAAAAAAUCUGUAUAUUUCUA